AUGUCAGAAAUUACCACGGACUCCGCCGGACAGAAAAUAACGAAUCCACUUCACAUUCCUGUCAAAUCGGAUGAAAAUGUUGUUCUUUCCAUUGCUGAUCAAGCUGCAUGGUUAUUAUCUGCUCGUCCUGCCUUUGAAUUACAACAAGCUGAACAAAUUAGUUUUCUCGCUCAUCUUACUCAAUCUCCUUUGACUCUCAAUCAACAUUUUAAUGUGCUUCAACUUCCAGCAGCAGAUUUAGUUCAUUAUGCCUAUUCUAUCUUUAAACAUUCUGGCUGUUUGAUCGUGGUUCCAACUGUUAAUCUAGCUCAAUGGUAUCUGUAUUUGACGACAAUUAUGCACAAUCAUUCACCUGAAAAUCAUUAUCACAAUUGGUACCAUGCCGUUCAUGUAUUAUUAAAUUGUUAUCGAUACGUUUAUCCAUUGUUAUCUCAAUUACAACCUCUGGAUAUCUUUGCUCUAUUGUUAGCAGCCCUUAACCAUGAUUUAGAUCAUUGUGGUAUAAGUAAUACUGCUUUAAUUAAUCAAGUAGAUCCUUUAGCAGUGAAGUAUCACAAGGUAAGCCCAUUAGAACAACAUUCUAUUGAUCGAGCCUUAGAAAUAUUGAAUGAUGAAGCACAUGGUACGGCAUUGUUGCAAGCAGUCAUACAACCGAAUAAUAAUGGUGCUCCUGUUACUAAUAAUGAGCAUAAUGCAGCUAAAUCUCGUGUCAUUGAAAUCUUCCGGAACUCCAUUUUAGCAACGGAUAUUAGUCGUACUGUAGAUCAUGAAGCCAUUUUAACUCACUACUUAACCUUCCAUAAUCAUUUAGAUUACACUGAUAGUAAUCAAUGUUUGCAAUUGCUCACAAUAAUACUGUUAUGUGGUGAUAUUGGAUGUGUGUGUGAACCGUUUUAUCAAAGUAUGCAGUGGUGUGGACGAUUAUAUGAAGAAAUGCAAUGUCAUCGGAAUUCUAGACAAUCGAAUGAUAUUGCAAAAGUUGUGUUUCAACCACAAUCAAGCUUAGAAAAUGAUCAAGGUCUUUAUUACAGUCUUGAUAACAAGUUGAUUUUACCUCCUUCUGGUUCUUUAUCUGAGUAUUAUACUAAUCAAUUGAAGUUUUUAGAAUAUUAUGCCAUUGCUUUAUAUGCUCGUGUAUCAGAGCCUCCUUCCUGUAGUUUGGGUCAUUUAUCUCCUUAUACUACUCGUCUACGUCAAAAUUUAAUACAAUUAGCACAUAGUUAUUUCUUAUAUGAACCAUCACUCGGUGUAUUGGUGAAAACCUUGACCUCAUUUUCUUCUCCAUCAUGA